AGAAUGCGUAGGAGAGCGGCCAUCUUUUGGUUGGUAAACGGCACUAUCAGGUUCGUCAAAUAAAAUGCCAGUUUCAUGUGCGGCUUCAGGAUGCAAGUCACGUUAUACUUUAGAAGCCAGAAAGAAAGGAAUAACAUUUCACAGGUUUCCGAGGUCUAACCCUGCCUUAUUGGAUAAAUGGAGGGUAGCUAUGAAAAGGGCCACUAUCACAGGAGAGCUGUGGAUGCCUUCUCGCUAUCAGCGCCUGUGCAGCUUGCACUUCAAGCAGAGCUGCUUUGACACUACUGGGCAAACAAAGAGACUGAGAGAUGAUGUCAUACCAAGCAUUUUUAACUUUACAGAAGACAUGCAGACACAAGUGUCUGAAAGCCUGCCUAAAGAAGAAUCAGGCCCUUCCACCGCUAGCAUGCCCCCAACGCCUGAAGCUGUGAGUGAGACCCCAGCUGUAGAGACAGUAGCUGGCAAAAACGAAGCUGCCAUCAACUGUGUCCCACUACAGGAUCACCUUUAUUUCAUUCCUGAUGUUGAAACUUUGAAAAGGAAAUUACAAGCCUCAGAAGAAUCAAGGGCCCAGAAGGAAAAGGAGUUAAGGAAUGCAAAAGACAGAGAGAAGCGAUUACGCCAACCCUGCCCCAGCAUCUAUAAGGAGAUCCGCAAGAGAAAGCUCCUCAGCCCACUGCUUCAAGAGAAGCUCCAGACUGUGGGAGAUAUCCCGUUGGAACUGUUCAGAAAACCUGAAUGCGAGUACUCCCCGCAGCAGCGUUUGUUCUGUCUGACAUUGCAGCUGUACGAUCCAAUGUCCUACAAACACCUGAGGAAUGAGUUUAAACUGCCGUUACCGGGGCCCAGAAAACUCCGCCAGUGGCUUAAGACAGACGGUGAUAAACCUGGAGUUAACAUAUUAGUCCUGGAAGCAUUGCUGGAAAAAAAGCAGGAGCAUCCAAAACUAUACACCCGAGCAAGUCUUGCGCUUGACACAAUGUCCAUUCAACAACACGUCGCUUUUAAUUCACAGCGGAAUGAACUUGUUGGUUUUGUGGGUUUGGGAAAUGGCGUGGAAUCUAGUGGAAACAAAGAGGUGGCCAAUGAAGUGAUAAUGUUCAUGCUUGUUGCAACGGCUGGUGACUGGAAAGCGCCCAUUGCCUAUUUUCUAAUGAACUCUUUAACAGCAGAAGCCCAAAGGCAACUCCUUUUUCAUGUCCUUCAUGAACUCUGUGAGCACGGCUUCGAGAUAGUAGCCAUAACAAUGGAGAGACUUCUGCGGAACAGGGAAAUGUGCUCUCUGCUUGGCUGUGGAUUUCACGACCCCACGCAGCUGCAGACACACUUUUCUUUGCCCAACAAAGAGAAGAAACAUUAUAUCAUCUUUGAUGUCAACUAUGAGCAGAACAUGAUUCAAGAACUGUUAGAGGAGACCGGUACAUUACACAGCCCCGAUGGAACAAUCACGUGGAAGCAGAUUGAUGACGCGAUGAAUGUACAAAAACAUGAAAUACAGAUGAAUAAGGAUCACUUUAUUCAAAAGCAAAUAAUUAGGCAGCUGACGGAGAUUAGUUUGGCCGUCAACAAGCUAACUUAUACCAUUGGAAAUUCUUUAUCAACGCUGCACGAAUUAAAAUAUGAAACGCUUGUGGAGUCUACAGCAUCCAUAGUGUUUAUUCAGGUUAUUCAUCAAUUAUUCAACAUUUUAUCUAGCAGCAGUCCAAGAGUAAAAGGCGGCAACGGCCCUGUUAACAAUGCUAACCUGCAAGAUACACUCCAUAUACUGCAGGCAAUUGAAGAAUAUUUGCUGAGUCUGACCACAAGUGAUAAUUGCCGACUUUAUCAAGGCCCCAGGUUAUGGAAUAUUCUCGGGGUCCUUGUAAAUAUCACCUCCUAUAAAGCACUUUUACCGCAGUUGCUGCAAGACCAGGACUAUAUUCUGACCCACAGAUUCAGCACAGAUCACUUGAAGAUGUUUUUCAAUCGUCUCAGAAAAGCAAAUGGUACAGACCAGGAUCCUACAGCACUUCACGUCAAGGAGGCAGUAAAGCAUCUAUUAGGCCAAUGUGGGUUGUGCAAUGAUCUAAUGCCACCGAUGAUUCCCAGCCUCGUUUAUGCGACAGGACACCAGGCUCCGAACAGCUACCUGCACAAUCUAUGCUCUCCAUUUCCAGAGAACAGCGUCUCGCUGCAGGACCACGUGUAUACAUCGCCUGUACUAGAUACAAUGCUUCACGAUUCACGCAUGUACAUCGCAGGUUGGGUGGUGCGGAGAGCUUUUGGCCAACUUGCGUGUACCAAGUGCAGAUGUGCUCUGGUAACAAAGGAUUCUCCAAACGAUUUUAGAAGCGCUUACCACUUGCUGCAACUUAAAGAUGGCACGGCUUACUUUAUGCCUUCAGGGGCCGUUAUUCGAACUGUUCUCCAGGCAGAGAAGGAACUUCAUCACAUGCUACGUACUGACCAGUAUCGUCCCCAAACUGCCUGCUUUGUACUGCAGUAUCGAGUGCUUUUAUUGCUGGGAUCAGAUGAUAUUUUUGACCUUAAAGAACACAUUAUGCUUACAGAAUCUGGGAUUGAUAAUCAUCACUUCCAUCUUGUGCGCUUGGUCACAUCUCUUUUCUAUGCAUUAAGGCAACCUUACAUUGCCAAAUUAACCCAAAGAUGCCAAUACAGGAAGCAUAUGAAACACAUUCUUACUUCAUCUGUGUUUACUCAAGCACUUUGAUUUUACAAGAAAGAGCAAGUGACCCAACCAAUUGUCGCUUCAUUUAUCAGCUACCUCCCAUGUACGGAUUUUUAAACUUUUAGUGUUGCUCUGUCAUGCAAAACUUUGCGUAUAUGCGAUUUUCCUAGCCUAUUGUUUACAACUAUAGUCUGCUGUGGUUUCAACUCCCUGAGUUUCACUAUUGUUGAUGAGGUGCCAACACCGGGUGAUUUCACUUGCAAGAUGGGCUGAACUGGCCCUGUAUAAUGCAUAAUUCAUUGUGUAUGGGACUUUGAAGAAAUCUCAUUGAUCUUAACUAUAGCUUAUACAGGGCCAGCUAAGCUCUCCUGUAGCAGAACAUCAUUGCAGUCAACCCUUUAUAAUGUACAGUGAAGUCAAGGAGUUAGUGAAUAGACCCCAAUGUUCUAAACUCCAACUGUGCGGUGUGUAGGCUCUGCCCAAUUUUCAGAAACAUCCUUUCAUUUGUUUAUUAAUAACUCAUAUAGUGUAAUUUAUGAAAUAAAAAUAUAUAACAGAAACUUAUAAAUAAAUGGCAUAUAUUAAAUCACUCUGCAUCUCUUAUAUAGAGCUUAUCACAUUCCUCACCAAGUCUCUGAAUACAUAGUUCGGUCUGUUUUAUCCACAGAAACCAGGUCUGCUUUUGACUCUUCAAAUAGAAAAACCACAAUACAUAACCUUGCACAACAAUCAUUCUCUUUUCAUGUUGGGGGUAUGUUCACUGGCCUCCUCUUAAAUAUUCAUUCUAUUUUUUUUUUUAAAGGAGAAACUAAAUUUGUUAUUGGCAUCA